CACUGUUAACUUUAAUUAGCCGCGAAGAGAGAUAGACGUAAUCGACAAAUGCUGCGACUGCGACCUCAGAAAUCUGCUUGCAAUCAGUCUGUGCUACAGUGCGCGCGAGUCGACUCGCGUCCCCAACACGAUGCUGAGUUGUGUGCGGUCAAGGCGUUGUUGUGUGGUCGGCAGCGUGCUAGCGGCUCUCGUGGUGGGCGCGCUGGUAGCUAUCCUGGUGCUGCAGCCGUGGGCUGGCGUGGGCCACCCGCGCUACCAGCGCGCCACGGUCGCGGCUAAUGGCUACGAGUGUGCUGGUAUCGGCAGGAAAAUCCUAGAAAUAAACGGAUCAGCCGUCGACGCUGCCAUCGCAACUUUAUUCUGCGAGGGGGUAGCGUGCGCACAAUGUAUGGGGCUCGGCGGCGGGUUCCUUGCGACGGUAUACGACGCGGCGUCAGGUCGAGUGGCCGUGCUCAACGCCCGAGAGAGAGCGCCAAUGGCCACGACUCAAGACAUGUUCGCGAACGCGUCGUCCACCGUCGGGGGGCUAGCCGUCGCCGUGCCAGGCGAGUUGAGAGGCUACGGCGAGCUGUAUCGCCGUUACGGGAAUCUGCCCUGGGCCCAACUGGUGCAGCCAACGAUAGACCUGUGCAAGAACGGGCAGCGCGUCAACGAGUACAUGGCGCGGGUACUCUUGAGCUACAGCGACAGGAUCAAGGCGGAGCCGUCAAUGAGAGAGGCUUACGUGAACCCGGCGACAGGCGAGGUCUGGCAGCUAGGCGACCUGAUCCGACACCCAACACUAGCCGCUACAUUGGAGGUGAUCGCCCGGGAGGGCCCGCAGGCGAUUCACAACGGGUCCCUUACCACGCCACUCGUCAAAGACAUUCGCCAGCACGGUGGCAUCAUUACGGAAGAAGACCUCAGGAAUUACAAAACAGAAUGGCAAGAGCCGGUGGCGGUGCCGUUGACAGAGGAGCAUACCCUAUACACGUCGCCACUCCCCGGCUCAGGGGGCGUGUUGGCGUUCAUCCUGAACAUGCUGCGCGGCUGGGUGGAGUCCGGCUCGGAGGCGCCGCCAGGGUCCAACCUGUACUGGCAUCGCGUCGUCGAGACGUUCAAGUUCGCGUACGGCCUUCGAACGCACCUCGGCGACCCUUCACGAUCACCAGAACUAUACAACCUGACUUUCAGCAUCAGUGAGCUGGAAAGAAACAUGAGCGACCCGACUUGGGCAGAAGCCUACAGGAGCCAAGUGGACGACACGCGUACGUUUGAAGACUGGAAACACUAUGGUGCAGACUUCGAAGGGAUAAAUGACCACGGAACGGCCCAGAUCGUGGUGAUUGGCCCUGACGGCAGUGCUGUAUCAGUAACAAGCACUGUGAACUAUAUAUGGGGAUCUUUGAGACGAUCACAGAGUCUUGGAUUUAUUCUAAACAACGAAAUGGAUGACUUCGCAAUUCCAAACCGAGAGUCUGCCUAUGGUCUACCUCCAUCGCCAUCAAAUUUACUAGGACCUGGCCUUCAACCUUUAAGCUCCAUGGUCCCAACCAUCACUCUACGCAAUGGAAAAGUGUCGAUGGUAGCUGGAGCAGCUGGAGGCACGAAAAUUACCACUCAAGUAGCAAUGGCUACAAGGCAUAUCUUCCUAGAAGGUGGAAAUUUAGUAGACACGAUUCAGCGACGUCGGCUUCAUCACCAACUCAUACCCAUGGAGGUGGAAUAUGAACACGAUUUCGAUCAGUCCAUCAUUCAAUCUCUCCAAGCACGGGGCCACGCUACCACUGAACUGAGCCGUACCGCAGGCUUCGCAGCCAUGAUAGCAGCAGUAAGAGAAGCCGAUGGCAUGAUCGUGGCGGCCACAGACCCAAGACGCAUUGGAAGCCAAGACGGAUUCUAGUUGCCACACUUCGUAGUAUUAAAAUUAAUAAGAUCUCAAUAUUGAGGUCGCGUUUUGUGAUAUUAUGUAAGGUCUAAAACGCGUUCAAGGAUAGCCGCGCAGUCAGACUGCUUAUUGCCAGCACAUCAAUAAACCAAUACCUACAACUAUUGAAGAGCCAACGGCUUAGUCGCUUUCUAUUUGUGAAGGUCCCUUAGAGACGAGUAGUUAGUACAGAAAAAAAGAGAGAGUAGCCUUACUUUUUUUGUUUAUUGGAAUAGUAAAUCUGGGAGCAUUGUACCUAAGUUGUUAUUCUAAGUACCUACAUGUAUUUUAUGUGGUCAUUAUUUAUUGAAUAAUUAGGAUGAAUCCUAUUAAAGGUAGGUACCUAGACCAAGGUACUGACUGAUUCCGAGGGAAUUACUUGUAAAAUACCUACAUUAAUGACUGUAUACCUAAAUAUUGGCUAUUUAUAUCUAUUGGAAUUGGAUAUUUGUUGAAACAAGUUAUCGCCAGAUAUGGUAUAUUUUAUUACGUAAAAAUUAUUUGUGAUCCACGUAGACUGUCUAGUCACGCCAAUCUUCAUUCAAAUAAUUAUUGAACUGAGUAAAAGAUCAACGUAUGACUUAAUGUGUAGCCGACGUAAUGUGCAGUAUCCUUUUAUAAAUAAAAUUACAGUCUUUGAAGAAAUGUACCUAACUUCGAUCUGUGAUUAUUUUAUAGGCUGGCAAUGCCACAUGGGUAAACUAUUGUUGUGAAGUUGACUUUAUUUUUAACAUGUUUGUAAAUAUUAAAAUGUUAUGAAACUAUUUAAGGUGCUGUUAUUUUUAACGAUUGUAAUUUCAAUAAAAUUAUGAUAUUAUGUUUCA